GCCCGUGGUCGUCUGAUAUUUCUCUGCCACACACCAUUUAAACUGAUGAAAUGACAGAAAAUCCAGAUCGCAUCCAAACGCGCGCAGCCGCAUGUGCGCGCUGACGGACGUCGGCUGCGUGGCGCCGCGGGACAGAUGGAGGAGAACAGCAUCGACACCGGCCUGCGUCUGCAGCCCGAGCCCGAGGACACCGAUCCAGCCAAGAAGGUUCAGGUCACAGAGAUGCCGUCUGCAUUCGGUGCAGGUCUAGCCCACGAGAAAAAAAUUGGCCACAGAAGGGUGGAUGCCUCUGGAGAGACAACUUACAAGAAGACCACCUCCUCCGCCUUGAAAGGGGCCAUCCAGCUGGGUAUCGGCUACACUGUCGGACAUCUCAGCUCCAAGCCCGAGAGAGAUGUUCUAAUGCAGGACUUUUAUGUGGUGGAAAGCAUCUUCUUCCCCAGGGAGGGCAGUAACCUCACUCCAGCACACCACUUUCCAGAUUUUAGGUUUAAAACCUAUGCACCUGUGGCCUUCCGCUACUUCAGAGAGCUGUUUGGAAUUCGACCUGAUGACUAUCUGUAUUCUCUCUGUAACGAACCACUGAUUGAGUUGACAAAUCCGGGUGCAAGCGGCUCCAUAUUCUACGUAACCUGUGAUGACGAGUUCAUCAUCAAAACCGUCCAGCACAAGGAAGCGGAGUUUCUGCAAAAACUGCUUCCUGGCUACUAUAUGAACUUGAACCAGAACCCCAGAACUUUACUGCCAAAGUUCUUUGGCCUCUACUGUGUCCAAUGUGUGGGAAAGAACAUCAGAGUUGUUGUGAUGAACAACAUUUUACCGCGCUCAGUAUGCAUGCACCUCAAGUUCGAUCUUAAGGGUUCCACCUAUAAGAGGCGGGCUUCCAAGAAGGAGAGGGAGAAGUCCAAACCCACCUUCAAAGACCUGGACUUUCUCAGUGACGUUCCCGAAGGCCUCGCUAUGGACCAGGAUACCUACAGCGCUCUGGUCAAAACUCUGCAGAGAGAUUGUCUGGUUCUGGAGAGUUUUAAGAUAAUGGACUACAGCUUGCUGCUGGGCAUCCACAGUAAGACUCAGGCAGAGCGCGAGCAUCAGUCCCAGGGCUCCUCUGCAGGAGGUGACGAAAAGAGACCUGCCAUCCAGAGAGCCUUGUACUCCACGGCCAUGGAGUCCAUUCAGGGCGGUUCCACCUGCAAGGACACACUGGACAACGAUAACACUAUGGGUGGUAUUCCAGCUAUGGGAAGUAAAGGAGAGCAUCUCCUGCUGUUCAUUGGAAUAAUUGACAUCCUGCAAUCCUAUAGACUGAUUAAGAAGCUGGAGCAUUCUUGGAAGUCUCUUAUACAUGACGGGGACACUGUGUCGGUCCACAGACCUGGUUUCUAUGCUGAAAGGUUCUACAAGUUCUGCAGCAUUACUGUCUUCAAAAAAAGCUGCUCGCUACGUCAAUCUCCUUCUAAGAGGGUGCGUGGGAAUCUUGCCAUGUACAAGAGUGGCGCCACGGGAACGGGUUCCUCAGCCAGUCAGCCUCCCUCGGUAAGCGACGAGAGACAGGAAAACAUGGACAACCUGGAGAACCUGCGAGGAGCUCACACUUACCCCAUAAUAGAGGAAGGAGGGAGAGAUCCGCCAUGCACUCCUCCGUCCUUUGAAGACGCCACCACGGCCUCUAUUACAACCACACUCUCCUCUAACAACUCCUUUCCGACUACACCCUUUGACACACCGGAGCACCCGCGCUGCAGGAGACAAAUGCACUCCCCAGUUGUUGCUAGGUCUCAGAAGAAGGUAGCUGAAGUUCAUGAGGAAAAGCAGCAGACUAUAACAGUGGAGGUGGAGCUCAGCAAAGUUCCAAAGUGCACGGAGCUCACACAGAUGGCAGACGUGCCCCCCGAUCAUCAGUCCUGUGCCGUUCCUUUAUCCACGUCUCCCUGUGAUGCUCCGUUUUCACCCCAUUCUUCUUCCACUCUUCCUGCUUCCUUGGCCUGUUCUUCCUCUGCCACUGCCCCAUGUUGUCAGUCAUCUUCCACUCUUUCUUCAUCCAUUUCUCCAUCCACCAAACCCCUCACCUCGACCACAGCAGCUCCAAAAACCGCCACCUUACCGCCCAAUUCAGCAUUUACUCCCAUCUUCCCCUCAUCGUCACACUCCUCCACCCACAUCCCCACCGCCUCCCCCUCCCCCUCCCUCCUCUCUCCAAGCCCUCGCGUGGUCCAGGAAUUGCCGCAUACGUCUCAGAAUCAAAUGACUGUGUCCAGCAGCAACAACUCUCUGGAUGGGGAGGUGCAGGUUUCUGACAUCUACUUUUACGCGGAUGGCAGAUACUGGGUGUAUUCGCCAGUUCUUGGCCGUCGUAAGAUAAACUCUAGCUCGAGUUACAAUGAGACUCAGGACGACCGGAGCUGGGUGUACUCACCUCUGCACUAUGUCUCAGAGUCCAGAAGAGGCUCUGACAACGGCAAUGAGACAUAGGCCUCCUUGAAGUCCACAGUGAUGGAAGAGGACAUCGUCCUCUAUGCGGAGAACUAUGACGAUGCUUAAAGCCACUAGGAUGCGAUGGAAAUGUGACAUUUCAUGAGUGAUGGCGACGCCAGCUGCAUGCGGAAAUGUUUGACAGAGCAAAGAAAGCGCACAGAGUUAAAAUUAACACAAAAGCAUUUAUGCACAUGACACGUCUUCAUGCACUUCAACACACAGAUAAAGAUUAGUGUGGAAAUAUUAUGCAAGAAAACCACCCAGGAAUGAUUUCUGAGCAAUCUAAUGGAUACCAAGCAAAGAAAAGAAGCAAAAUAAGACAUUACACUCAGCUGAGGUUG